AUGGCGGAGGAUAUCCACGCCAGAACAGCUCUUAUCCUCUAUGGAUCCGAGACGGGAAACAGUCAGGACGUCGCCGGCGAGCUGGGCCGGAUGGCGGAGAGAUUGCACUUCGUAGCCAGGGUCAGCGAGAUGGAUGCUGUCGACCUUAAUGUGCUAGUGAAACACCGCGUGGUUAUCUUCGCACUCUCGACCACGGGCCAAGGCGAAUUCCCUAAAAAUGCCCGGAAAUUCUGGAAAAGUCUGCUCAGGAAGCGCCUUCCUCCAGGCUGUCUCGGUCACGUGCGCUUCACGACCUUUGGUCUCGGAGACAGCUCCUAUCCGAAAUAUAACUGGGCUGCUCGGAAGCUUCAUAAACGUCUGGAGCAGCUUGGAGCACAGGAGAUCUAUCCGCGUGGCGAGGCAGACGAGCAGCAUGAAGAAGGAAUCGAUGGAACCUUCUUGUCUUGGAAGGCUGACUUCCACAAACACCUGCUAUCUUUAUAUCCAUUGCCAGAGGGUGUAGAGCCCAUUCCGCCGGAAGUGCUCCUGCCGCCUAAGUAUACACUCCAACUCGUGGAAGGCUCGCCAGAUUUCGAUUCACUGGCCCUGGUAGAAUCCGACCAAGAAACCGGCAAAAGCACGACGGCAGCGAUGGCGGCGAAGUCGACGCAGGAACUUGGUAUUUCUGUCGGCCAGGUGGGAGAGCUGGCUGCUUCCUCCACUUCCAUCUCUCCAUCCAUCCACAACGAAAAUUUAUCAGACUCAACUGCGAACCCCGAGAUCACGCUCAACAUGGCGAACGUUCCACCUGUUGAAUUCAGCAUGCAGGCCGACCUGGCUGGUGAGGCCAAACCGCCCCCGCCGUUGAAGGAAGAGAUCCCGCGCGAUCUGGAACCAAGUGACGCGAAUUCGCAGCUGCCGGAUGACUAUGUUCUUCCUAUUCCGGAUUCAUUUCUUGCCAAGUUGGUUGGGAAUAAACGCAUCACGCCUGAGAGUCACUGGCAAGAUGUCCGUGAACUUACAAUUUCCAUACCCAAUGAUACCAGCUACGAUCCGGGCGAUGUCCUGACUCUGUAUCCCAAGAACUUCCCCGAAGAUGUGCAGACCCUGAUCGACCUCAUGGAUUGGAACGAUGUUGCGGAUAUGCAGGUUACUUUUGAACCAGUACAUCCCAAGUACUACGCUGCAGAGGACCUGACCAGCCUGGCUCCUGGCCUCCAUCCCCUCGAUCAAACGACGCUGAGAGAACUCUUACUUCACAACCUGGAUAUCACCGCUAUUCCCAAGCGCUACUUCUUUGAACUCAUCGCCCAUCACACUGACGAUCCGAUGCACAAGGAACGACUGCAGGAAUUCGCCAACCCGAUCUUCAUCGACGAGUUUUUUGAUUACGCUACUCGCCCACGGCGAAGCAUUCUCGAAGUGCUACAAGAGUUCAAUACUGUUAAGCUGCCAUGGAAAUGGGCAACAUCCAUCUUCCCUGUAAUUCGAGGCCGCCAAUAUAGUAUCUCAAGCGGUGGGGCCCUCAAACGCCAUUCGAAGUCAGGCGAUACCAAAAUGCAACUCCUCGUCGCCAUUGUCAAAUAUCGCACUGUACUGAAGAAGGUCCGCCAAGGCCUCUGCUCUAGAUACAUCGCCUCCUUGCCGAUAGGUACAACAUUCACAGUAUCUCUCACCUCGGGCACAUUCAGCAAUAUUGUCAAGUACCAUCCCCGUCUCCCUGUACUCCUCGUCGGCCCCGGAACGGGAGUUGCGCCUCUCCGAUCGCUGAUCUGGGAGCGGGCUGCUCUUAAGCAACUCAAUAGCCGACGACCUGGUCAAAAUAUCAACGUUGGCGAAACACUCCUCUUUUAUGGCGGUCGCAACCGAAAUGCAGACUACUUCUAUCACGACGAGUGGAAUUCGAUGGCCGAUUCUCUGGGGCUCAAAGUCUUCACGGCAUUCUCGCGGGACCAGAAGGAGAAGAUCUACGUGCAGGAUAUUAUUCGGAAGGAGAAGAAGGCAGUGUGGGAUGUGAUUGAGUGCAAGGCCGUAAUCUUUGUCUGCGGUAGUUCGGGGAGUAUGCCGAAGGCGGUCCGGGAGGCGAUCAUUGAUGUUAUGGCGGAGAUGGGGCCUUUUGUGGAUAGAGACGAGGCGGUUGAGCAGCUGAGGCUGAUGGAGCUGAAGGGGUUUUAUGUGCAGGAGACGUGGUGA